UAUCAAAUUCUAGGUUAUUUUGCUGAUUCAUCAAGCAAACUUAAAGAAGAGUUCUUAAAAGCUGCUGAUAAACUGAGGGAAUCUGUUACUUUUGGUCAUACUUCAAAUGCAGAUGUUUUGAAGAAAAAGGGAUAUUCUGAUGAUAUUGUUUUGUUACGUCCAAAAAAAUACUGGAACAAGUUUGAACCAAAUGAAGUUAAAUAUGCUGGUUCUGCUGAUAAAGAUGAAAUUAAAGAAUUUGUUAAAGAGAACUACCAUGGUCUUGUUGGACACAGAACACAUGAUAAUCAUGAUGAUUUUAAAGCUCCGCUUAUUGUUGCAUACUACGAUGUUGAUUACGUGAAAAAUGUUAAAGGUACAAACUAUUGGCGUAAUCGUAUCAUGAUGGUUGCUCAGAAAUAUAAAGACCAGGUACAUUUUGCUGUAAGUAACAAGGACAAGUUUUCUGCUGAAGUAGAAGAUUAUGGUUUGUCACCUAAAGGUGACAAGCCUAUUAUUGCUGCCCGAAAUGAAGCUAAUCAAAAAUUCAACAUGAAAGAAGAAUUCAGCAUUGAAAAUUUUGAAGAAUUUGUGAAAAAAUUUUUGGAUGGAAGUCUUGAACCUCACUUAAAAUCUGAACCUUUGCCUGAGAAAAAUGAUGGACCUGUUAAAAUUGCUGUAGCACAAAAUUUCCAAGAACUUGUAACUGAUAAUGAUAAAGAUGUGCUUAUUGAAUUCUAUGCUCCUUGGUGUGGUCACUGUAAGAAAUUAGCUCCUACUUAUGAAGAGUUAGGAAAAGAGAUGGAAGGUGAAAAUGUUGAAAUUGUGAAAAUGGAUGCUACUGCUAAUGAUGUUCCUCCUCCAUUUGAAGUUCAUGGAUUCCCUACAUUAUACUGGGUACCCAAAACUCACAAGUCCAGUCCUAAGAAAUACGAGGGUGGUCGGGACUUGAAGGACUUCGUGAGUUACAUUUCCAAGCAUGCUACUGAGGAACUGAAAGGUUAUGAAAGAACUGGCAAAAAGAAAUCUAAAGAAGAACUUUAGAUUUGGGGAAUUUUUAGGGACUAUUAUUUCAAGAUACAUAGUUUGUCCAACAUCAAAUCAUAAUUUUUUCCAUGCUAAGUGUGAACAAAUUGAUGCAUGGGCACCCUUCAUCAUGUUAUUGUUACUUGUAUUUUGUUCUUGUUAGACUUAAGCAAAAUUGAGGGACCUAAAGUGCAUUGUCUUUUCAUAAUAAAAAUACUUUUUGAUAAA